AUGGCCGCCCAAACAGUGGCGCACGGGAGCCUUCUGGAGGCAGUGUGGUGCGCGAACUACAGUUUUCCGGCGGGGUUCAAGUUUGGCGCCGCCACAGCAGCAGCACAGGUGGAGGGUGGCUGGAAUGUCAGCGACAAAUCUCGGAGCAUCUGGGACGAGGUGAUCCACGCUCACCCGGAGAGGGUGGUGGACGGCUCCAACGGCGACGUGGCUUGCGACAGCUACCACCUGUGGAAACGAGACGCGCAGAUGGCUGCGGACCUGGGGCUGGACUUCUACAGGUUCUCUAUAUCUUGGCCUCGGCUGCUGCCAUCCGGGUUCCCGAACCGCAUCAGCGAGGACGGCAGGCGAUUCUACAGCAACCUGAUCGACGAGCUGAUCAGGAACCACGUGGAACCUGUCAUCACCUUGUACCACUUCGACUUGCCGCAGGCUCUACAGUAUCUUGGCGGCUGGACCAACCCCCUAGUAUCAGACUGGUUCGGCGAGUACGCACGAGUAGUCUUCUCCCUCUUCGGUGACCGCGUCAAGUGGUGGAUCACGAUCAACGAGCCGCUGAUCAUGUGCGAGUACGUGUACAACACGGGGCAGUCCGCGCCGGCGGUGCUGAGCCCGGGUCUCGGAGACCUGCUGUGCACUAAGAACGCGCUGCUCGCCCACGCUAAAGCCUGGAGGAUAUACGAUACAGAGUUUCGGGAUAAAUACAAAGGUAAAAUAUCAAUAACCAACCAAAUAAUGUGGUUCGAGCCACUGAGAGCUGGUGACGAAGAGGCAACGCGCCUGGUCACCGAAUAUGCUACCGGAUUGUACACGCACCCAAUAUUUUCCAAGGAAGGGGGCUGGCCAAAGUCAAUAGAAGCUAUCGUAGCCCAAAAAAGCAAAGAGGAGGGAUACACGAAGUCACGGCUACCACCAUUCACUGCUGAUGAGGUGCAGCUAGUCAAAGGCACGUACGACUUCUUCGGCUUCAACUACUACACGUGCCGGCAGGUGUCCGCCGCCGGGGCGGGGGAGGUGGUCGGCGCCUGGCCCCUCGCCGGUUCCCCCGACCUCCACGCCAAACUGCUCAUUGAUCCCAAAUGGAACACCACUAAUUUCUGGUUCUCCGCAGUCCCAUACGGCAUCCGUAACGUGCUAAAAUGGAUAAAAUCUGAGUACGGCAACGUCGAGGUGUACAUAGCUGAGAACGGCUACUUGUCCACGAGCAAGGCUCUACACGACCCUGAGCGGGUGGACUACUACAAGGCGCAUUUAGAACAGAUACUUCUAGCAAUGUACGAAGAUGGAGUGAAUGUCACGGGUUACACCGCAUGGACCUUGAUGGAUAACUUCGAAUGGAUGGACGGAUAUCGGUCCAACUUCGGUCUAUACGCAGUAGACUUCAUCGACCCGCAGCGUACGCGCACGCCGCGCUCCUCAGCGUAUUACUAUGCGCACGUCAUACGCACGCGCAGGCUCGACGUGCCGCUCGACUACACGCCGCAUACAGCGCGAGCUAGUAGCUUACAGAUGUCUGUGAUAUUGUUAGUGUGUGCGAUUUGUUUGUCUAAGUUGUAAUACUUAAAUUAGGACUAAUUAUUAUAAUGAUGUAAUUUUAGGCUUAGUUCAGAAACGAACGCGACUCGGCUUUGCAUUAAAGUAAUACAAAAUUAAAUAGCGUGACAUCGCUUGCAUUAUCCAUCGACUCGACAUGACUCAUGACUCGUCUUGUCUCGUUUUGAUGUGAACUGAACCUAAGUUUUCUAGAACUAGGUGACAUGUUAAUUGUUAAAUUGCAAGUCGCACUGCGCACAUAAAUUAUUUACUGUGAAUAAAUGUUUCGUCGAUGUUCUUGAUAAGGAUAAAAAAAUAAAACAAACACAAUCUCAUCAGACCACAAUAUAAUUGUUCCUUUUGCGAUAAAACCCUAACAAAGUUACAUAUUUACAUCGGAGGCAUCGGAUGCCACCAUCUAAUACUGUAACAAACACACGAGCAACGAACCCACUACACCUCGACUAAUAAUCAAAACUUUAUAUUAAGAAUUAUGCAAAAAACUUUAACUGACUUACUUAGAACUAAUAACCUUGCCUCUUCAAGGUGAGACCGCACUAGGCGUAACCGCACUGCAGCGG